AUGCUGUACCCUGUAAUUCCAAGAAAAUCAUGGGCAGAAUGGAAGCAAAUGGUUCAUGGCUUUUGGCCAGGUAACCCCCAAUUUACCGAAAAGGAUUACCCCGACUUAGAAGGGAAGGUUGUGAUUGUUACAGGCGGUAACACGGGAGUUGGCUAUCAGACCGUUAAAUCAUUAGCUGGCACUACAAAAGCCAAGCUUUAUAUAUUCUCUAGAAAUAAAGAAAAAACAUUGAAAGCAAUUGAACAAAUUCAAUCAGAAAUUAGCAAGGAAUAUAAUGUUGACAAUAGGGAGAUAAACUUCAUCCCACUUGAUUUGGGCAAUUUGACUACUAUCAAGUCGACAGUCGAUCAAUUUUUGAAACAAGAGGAUAGGUUAGAUAUAAUCAUCCACAAUGCAGGCGUUAUGGUGCCACCAAAGGGGUCAAAAACCACGCAAGGGUAUGAGUUGCAACUAGGCACCAAUACGAUUGGUCCUCAUUUAUUACAAAAAUUGCUCGACCCUAUAUUUAUCAAAACAUCAGAGCUUAAUCCUUCGGGGUUAUCGAGGAUUGUUUGGGUUAGUUCAAGUGCUCAUUUUUUUGCACCUAUAGGAGGCUUAUAUUGGCAAGACUACAAUUUUGAGAAAAUCCCAUUUACUAAAAGCACUCAAAUGUAUGCGUAUGGUCAAAGUAAAGCAGGAAAUAUCAUUCAGGCAAAGAUGUGGUCCAAAAAGCAUACUGCUCCAAACGUUAUUAGUAGUUCAAUCUGUCCUGGUUAUUUGCUAACUGACUUGCAAAGAUAUCAAAGCCCCAUGGAGGUUGCUGUUUUUAAAUACAUGUGUUUUCCUGCUCGAUUUGGUGCUUAUACUGAGCUAUAUGCCGCUUUGUCUCCAGAUGUCAAAGAUGGCCAACAUAGUGUUUCCUUUGGUACCCCUGGUAUUGCAAGAAACGAUUUAAAUGAUGUUGUUUCUAACGAAAAAGUUUGGGACUGGCUUGAGCAGCAAGUUGAACCUUAUUUGACCUAA